UGUUUCAGCUGUAUUUAAUAAGGUCUGGAUUAAGAUGGAGACCAGAAGUGUCAAGAGACAAAAUGGGAAGAAGUGCUUGACCACAGGGGGCUGGUGGCACAGGAUGUGGGAAUGCAGCGAGGAGAGAGUGGUAGCUUCCCUGCUCAGUUCCCACUGCAGAAGACACUGUGAGGACAAGCCAUCAAAAGUGUCAAAUCUUACAGGAAACAUUUCGGAUCAAAACACCACUCUUCAGAAUAAAAGGAGAAUUCCUUUCCUUCCCAUCCUUUGUGACUUCAGUGCAGCUACUCCUGGUGGAUACAGAAUUCAGGCAGAUUCAGGCUCAUGUGUCAGCACAGCGGAAAUAUUACAAAAGUGUUGUGCUGAAUGCUUAAAUAAUUGGCUCACAAGCAACAGCAUUCACAGGAGUGCACACUGUGAUACACAUUAUACACUGCUUCUUGCUGGUGGGACAGUACCCUGCAAUCAGACCCCACAGAUGGGCUCACAUAAUGUUUGCUGAGUCAAAAACUUUUUCUGUACAUAAAAAAUCACUAAAACCCCAUUUUCAGCAGCGUAUGCCAGAUGCUGGCAUGUGUUUGAAUGGCUGAAUUCUUGCCUUUUUACAUCAUGUUGCAAAAUUAUUCUGACUGAAGCACAGAAUUUACAGCAAUUUAGGAGAAGAGCGAAGGCUGUUGCUGAUGAAGCUCCCAUCUAUGUCAGCAUUUUGAGGUGAGGACACCCUAUUUGGGCAGUGCAGUCCCUUCAGAUCAGGCCAGGCUUGUGUAACUUGAGUUUCAUUGAGAAGCACGUAGCCAUCUGAACCAUGCACUGAAAACCUGAUUCUGCUCUAAUGCAGGAUUUUUGCUGUGCCCAUCUAGCAGGGGACUUUAGCUCUUACCAGUCACUGAAAUUCUGAAGGAAAGAUGAGAAGUUAAAAUGCUUUAUUUUUGGAGGUGUAACACUACUGACUCGUUAGUUCACAGUUGUCCUGACAUUUUAUCAACAGAAGGGAGCUGCACAACUUGGGAUCGACACAAUAAAAACUGAAUGACAAAUGAGUUGGCCACACCACUGCUUUAGUUCGAUCUCGGUAACAGAGAUCUCUCAUGGUGUCUCUCCAUGGGGAUGUUUUCAGGGUGGUCUCUGCAGGGUGAAGAUUUUGCAGCUGAGGGAAGAGGAGAGAGGAGGACAGCCUAGCUGGAGAAAUAAGGGCAUCUAUGCAGGAGCUGCAGGAACAUUUAUUUGACUCCUUGUUUCUGAAGAAAGAUGUUCCUGGCCUGUUCUGUGCCUGUACAAGUGUGACACUCAUCGGUGCGGGGUGCAGCUUGCUGCGGGACAGGCAAUACCAUCACGAAGCCAAGAUGGUGGCAUUUAACUGGAAGGCUUUGGAGAAUUUCCCGUUGCUGAUGUACAUUUUGGCAGCUAAAACAUUGAUUCUUUGCUUGGCAUUUGCUGGAGUAAAAAUGUACCAGAGCAAAAAACUUGAAGAAAAGUUGAAGAGGCAACGUGAAGCGAAACUGAAAGCAGAAGCAGAGAAAAAGGAUGACUGAAGAGUCUUUCAGAUUUUCUGGCACUUGGCAGCUUGCACUGGAUUCCUUUCCUGGAAGAAUGAAGCCUUCCUGUAGAUGAAGGAUGUGUCAAAGGAAUAAAACCCUCAAGAGUAACAUACACUUAAACUGUAUCUCAAGUUUUUAUAUGUACAGUGAAAUAGCUAAGCCUCUAUUUAUGCAAUAAAAAAAAAUCCUUUGUUAAAAAAAGUAA